AACCUUUUAAUUUAUAACCUUUCCAAAGUUUGUACUUGCCCUCCCUUGGUUUCUUCCCUUCCUUCCUUUCCUCUUCUCCCUGGUCUGUUUGUUAGCCAGCCUUACUUACUCAUGAGGACAGAAAAGCACCCAGACCUCUGGCUGGUUUGGGGUUUUACACAAAUAAUUGUUAGUGGCAGCUUACCUGUAUGUUUGUUUGCAAAUCAAGUCCAGGCAGUCUGCAUAUUCAAGGAUUUGCGCUGGUCAGGGAUUUUUAGCAGUGCCUUGAACUUUUCUCCACUAGUGAGAGGAAAGGUAAGGACGUAUAACCCAGCACCUGUCUGCCCUCUCAUUUCCACUUUACAGGUCAAUGGCCAAAAAACAGACUCCUUUUCCAAUGGCAGUGACCCUCUCAGAGAAGAUCUACAUGUUUUUCUAGAGAGUGAGGUCCAGUUGGCUGAGCUGGAUGACCUCACAAAGGUGAACCCUGUUACUCCAGCAACAGUCCUGAGGUGUCUGCAGGAGAGGUACCACGGGGAUAUAUUCUACACCAAUGCUGGCUGCACUCUUGUGGCUCUGAACCCCUUUAAACCUGUACCCUACCUCUAUUGCCCUGAGCUGAUGAAGGACUACCACGUAGCACCUCAACUCCAGAAACUAAAGCCUCACAUCUUCACUGUGGGCGAACAGACUUACAGGAAUGUCAAGAGCUUGCUGGAGCCUGUUAACCAGUCCAUCAUCGUUAGUGGGGAGAGUGGAGCAGGGAAGACUUGGACAUCUCGGUGCCUGAUGAAAUUCUAUGCCACAGUCGCUAAUCCCUCUGCCUCUCAAGAGAGCCAUGAGACAGUGGAGAGAAUUGAGAAGAGAGUCCUGGAUUCUAAUCCAGUCAUGGAGGCGUUUGGAAAUGCUUGUACUCUUCGCAAUAGCAACAGUAGCCGUUUUGGAAAGUACAUCCAGCUUCAGCUGAACAGAGCUCAGCAGAUGACGGGGGCCUCUAUCCAGACAUACCUCCUGGAAAAAACUCGAGUUGCAUACCAGGCCCCACUGGAGAGGAAUUUUCAUAUUUUCUAUCAGAUUGCCAAAGGAGCCAGUUCAAGAGAGAGGCUAGAGUGGCACCUGCCUGAGGGAGCAGCUUUCUACUGGCUGCCCAAUUCUGAGAGGACCUUGGAAGAGGAUUGCUUUGAAGUGACAAGAGAUGCCAUGCUCCACCUGGGCAUCGAUCACUCCAUGCAGAACAACAUCUUUAAGGUCUUGGCAGGCUUGCUGCACCUUGGCAAUGUCCACUUUGCUGACUCGGAGGAUGAAUCCCAGGUUUGCCAGCCACAGGAAGAUGCUAAAUGUUGUGUAGCGACAGCAGCCUCUCUGCUCCAGAUCCCCCAUGAGGAGCUGUUGGACACGCUCCAGGUCCGGAGGAUCAGUGCCGGCAAGCAGCGGCAGGUCUUCAGGAAGCCGUGCUCCCGGGCUGAGUGCGAGACCAGGAGAGACUGUCUGGCCAAAGCCACCUACGGCCGGUUGUUUGACUGGUUGGUGUCUGUCAUCAAUGGGAGCAUCUGCACAGAGCCCUCCUCCUGGACCAACUUCAUUGGGCUCCUGGAUGUGUACGGGUUUGAAUGUUUCCCCAACAACAACCUGGAGCAGCUAUGCAUUAACUAUGCCAAUGAGAAGCUGCAGCAGCACUUUGUGGCUCACUACCUGCGAGCCCAGCAAGAGGAAUAUGCUGCGGAGGGCCUGGAGUGGUCUUUCAUCAGCUACCAGGACAAUCAGAGCUGCCUGGACCUGAUUGAAGGAAAUCCUGUGAGCAUCUGUUCCCUCAUAAAUGAGGAGUGUCGCCUGAAUAGACUAUCCAACAGCAUCCAGCUCCAGACUCGAAUUGAGAAGGCCCUAUCCAGCAAUGCCAGCCUGAGCCGAAACAAGCUUAGCAAGGAGCCCAAUUUUAUCAUCUCUCACUAUGCUGGUCCCGUGCAGUAUCAGAUCGAGGGCAUGGUGGAGAAAAAUAAGGAUCCAGUUCCUCCAGAGCUGACUCAGCUCCUGCAGCAUUCCCAGGACUCUCUGCUUCAGAAACUAUUUCCUUCCCAAGAAAAGGAACAGAAUGACCCUUUGAGCCAGAGCAGAGCCCCUGUAAUUACUGUGGUAUCCAAAUUCAAGGGUUCCCUGGAGCAACUCAUGCAGGUCCUGCACAGCACCACACCCCAUUAUAUUCGCUGCAUCAAGCCCAAUAGCCAAGGCCAGGCCAAGAAGUUCCAGACAAAAGAGGUCCUGAGCCAGCUUGAAGCCUGUGGCAUAGUGGAGACUGUUCACAUCAGUGCUGCUGGCUUUCCCAUCAGGGUCUCUUUUCAGAGUUUCCUUGAACGGUAUGCCCUGCUGAGAAAGUCUUGUCCACCCCAACCCAGCCCCUCCUCCAGGUUGCCCAGCUCUUCUCCCACAAGGAAGGCCUCCGGACAGCAGCUGACCUCUGAGGAGGAUGCCAUGCCUCAAUCCCUCAUCAGGGACAUUCUUCUGACUCUACCCCACUCAGUUCAGACAGCAACUGUUCUCAGAGAUCACCCAGAGGCCAGGCUGGCUCCUGGCCCAAUUCACUGUGGAAGAACCAAGGUGUUCAUGACUGACUCUAUGCUGGAGCUGCUAGAACACUGGCGAGUGCGGACCCUGAAUAAGUGUGCUCGAUGCAUCCAGUUCUGCUGGCGGCGGCAUCAGCACAGAAAGCUGGAGAAGCAGAGAUGGGCAGCCACUCUUCUCCAAGCAGCAACUCGAUCCUGGCUAACACGGAAACGGAUCCAAAGGUUACACGCCGCUGCAACCUCCAUCAAGCGUGCCUGGAGGAAAUGGAGGGCUAAAAUGGAUUCCCUAGUAUCCAUAGAACUGGAUAAUGUGGAAGAAAGCUGCGUUAGCAGAGUGCCUGAACCUCCGCUCUCCACCACACUGCCAUGGCCUCCACGUUCCACAGUCCAGCUUUGGCCCCUGGGCCUCGUACUGUCAAAUUCACCUGUGGGUGUAACUGGGAUGCGGAGGAACCUGUCCCUGCAGGCCUGUCUGCAAAUUCCUUGUCACAGCAACACCUACAAGGUAGAGGCCACCCAGCAUGAUCAGGCUGGCAUCACCUCCAUCAGAGCACUGCCCCAGGGCUCCAUCAGGUUUCACUGCAAGAAGUCACCCUUGCUCUAUGCCAACAUCAGCCCUGAGACACAGAACUGUGACAUCACUGGUUUUAAUCAAAUCCUCCUGGACAGGCACAGACUGAUUGAGGAGGGUCAACAAUUCUCAGACAGCAGUCAGCAAACUCCACAAACAAGGGCUCUCGCAUGUGGCUUUUCAUAAGUGUCUCUUUGUCUUCUGCCUGGUCGAUGCUGACAAGCAACUGUUGGAGGUGGGGAUUGGUCAAUAAGUUUCUUAAUUCUUUCGAGUCCCCUUGAAAACAGACAAGAAUAUGAGAGGUGAGCAUGGGGUGGGGGGUGCAGAGUCUCUGGAAAUCAAAUGGAAGAGAGGAAGCUGCUUUUACUAGGGCAAAAGCUUUAAUCACACAUGACUACUUUAUUACCUGGCCUAUGUAAACCUGAAAAUUUCUUAGACUUAUAAAUGUUGGAAAUUUCACCAUUGGGAAAUUUCAUACUUGAAAAAUUUCCUACUGAUAGUCUAUUGGAAUGUGAACCCCCUUGGCAUGGGAGGGUCCUUCUCCUCCCUACUUAAGAUUACUUUAGGACAGAAACCUUUUGCUGAACAAUGGAAAGGGCUUUGACCUAUGCUUAAGCAUAGAACAGGAAGUUCUUUGAGUCAUGAUUGAUUUUAGAAUUGAUACAAUAGAGAUACUUGGAAUGACAGAACCAGGUCUUGGAACUUACAAUCUCCACCCUAUUCAGUCCUAACAGGAUUUAGGAAGGGCUGCAGCAUAGAUCAAAAUUUAAUUAUUUGAGAAUAUGACCUUCAACAUACAUGUGCAAAGCCACAGACCUCUGGGCGGUCCUGGGUUAAGGUAGAGCCACCAUUGGCACAGGGAAGACAUGGACAGUGAUUGGUAGAUGUGAGAACUGAGGGGAGGGAACUGAGAUGGUUUCCUUAGAGAUAGCGGGGUCUGAGGACUGGGGAGGUUUGAGAGGUUGUGCUCUAAGAAGCUUGCUCUGAAGGAGGCUGGAGGUGGAGGCCCCUGAGACUGUUUCUCCAUUUUGGUCAUGUGAGUGAUAGGGUCUGUCUGUCUGUCUGUCUGUCUGUCUCUGUCUCUGUCUCUGUCUCUCUCUCCUUUCUUCUUCCUGUUUGUAAUUAAAAACUCCAUAAAAGGUAGACUGCUGACUUGAGUUUUCAUUUAGGAAUGACAUAGCUGAAUUCCUUGCCGACCUUAAAUUAUUAUAUAUCAGUCUUUUAAAGUGAUUUCCUUGUCACACCUAUCAUCUAUGGCAUCAUUCACACAGAAGUUGAAAUUAUCAGCAUCAGAAGUCAAUCCAAGAUACAAAACCAACAACGCUAGACUACUAGGAUAAUUUUAAAGUACGGAUCUUGUUUUCAGUGUCCUUUUAAGAAAAAAAAAAGUAACUUUUUUUUUUAAAGCACCUGGGUUUCAAGUGAGGGAAAAUGUUCUGUCACAACUUUUACCAUUUCAGGAACCAGGUCUUACCCCUUUUUUGGGUACUUCACAAAUAAAGAAUUGCUUGUAUGCAUACUUCCCCCACUUACUACAAGAGAAGACAAAACAUUUAAUACUAAGGCGAGUGUGCCCCAGAGCAAGCUUAAUGAUUUAAUAAGACCAUACACUUCUUAUACUUCAUUUCUGAGGUCUCCUUGCUGCUAUGAGGCUAAAUAGGGAACAGAGGAAACAAAGUUGAACAUCAUGUGGCAGUUGCUGUGGCAGUUGCUCUGGGGUGAAGGUACUUAAUCAUUAUUAACAAGUGGAGGAGUUAGGCCUCCAACAUUAUCUACUGCCUCAGCAAACCCACCAAGUUUGAAUAGAAGAAACUUGUCAUCCUUAUCUGGUCAUCACUAUCUCAUGAUCAUACAGAACUUUAAGUCAUAGCAGCAUAUGGAGAAAGGCCUAAAUUUACAAUGAUGCUUAUCUGGAAUUUACUGCUAUAGCCUAGUAUUCCAUGUUAAAAAUACACUUAGUGAGUUCUGAUUUAACUCAAAGCAUACACAUGUAUAAGUUAAAACUACAGGUGCUUGAAAUAUAUGGUAGGGAUUAUAAUUAUUCAUUAAAUAGGAUUCAAGCUUUUUCACUUUUUGCAUAAUUUGCUUAAUAAACCAGUCUCCUUCCCUUUAGUCAUAAUAGAAAUUCAGCAAGAAAUGUGCUUUGAAUGUCCCAAAGACAGCAUUACAGGAUCAUUGAUCAGAAGCAGCAGGGCCUUCAGAAAUCAUCUAGUCCAAUCCUUCAUUUUAAAGGUAAGGAAUGGAACUGAGGAGCCUCAGAAAGUUGCUGACGUGGCUCAUCCAAUGUCCCAGCAAUAAGCAGUGUCCUUUCCAAUGCAUUAUGGAAAAAUAAUUUCUCACAGGGAGUUACUCUGACAAUAUUUUUUGGAGAUUUCUUGGGAAGCCACAGAGUCUACAUGUAAUGAUCAUAAACAGUUCCCUUACACAAGAGAGCUAUAAAGAAGAGCCUCACUAGGGAAUCUGUCAAGAAUUGUUCCAUAUUUAUAAAUUUUAGUUAAGUUUUGGCCUAAUAAAUGCAAAAAACUUCCAUGCUAUGUGCCUAUUAAACCACAUUCAAGAUUAAAUUUGGUAAGUGGCAUUGGCUUACCCAGAUCCUUCAGUUUCCAAAUGGAGACUCUAUCUUUUUCGUCAUCACUAUCUAGGAUAUCUGCUACACACCAAUCAUUACCUAAGGAAAAAAAAUGUUAUUUGCUAAUCUCCACCCUUUUUAUUCCCCCACCCAAGUAGAGGAAAAGUCCUUUAGUGCCAUUAAAAUGGUCAAAAGAAGUGUUCUGCAAAGAAUAGUGGAAGCCACAGGGCACAGGUUCAAAUCUCCUUCUGAUAGCUACUGCCUGGGUCUGAAUUUCCUGAUCAACAAAUUAAAGGGUAUUAGAGAGACAAGUUAGGUGGCUCAGUGUUUACAGAACCAGGCCUGGAGAUGAAGGUCCUAGAUUCAAAUUUGGCCUCAGUGUCCCCCUGGGCAAGUCACUUAAUUCCAACUGCCUAGGCCUUAUCUCUCUGCCUAGUACUGAUUCUAAGGUCUUAGAAGGUGUUUUGUUUUUUUAAAGCAUUAAGACUAGAUGGCCUAUGAGGUCCAUUCUAACUCUAUAAUCUUUGGUUCUCCAGGGCCCCACUGCCUAACAAGUAAAGGGAAAUGAACAACAUUACAAAUCUAUGAACGCAAAGUACUAAGUCUCAGAGUUUUCUGGGUGGAAGUCACCUAGAGAGGAAAUAGUGAAAUCCAGUUCCAUCCCCAACAACACUCAUAUUUUGGAACACUAUUUACAGAACUCUAAAAAAGGAAGAAAAUGUUAUGCUAUUAUUCCUAUGUUCUGUCAACAGUAUCAGGCUAUUGUUAACGAAUCAUCAAUGCAACAGUCUCAGCAAACAAACAUUUAAUUGUGAGCACAAGUCACUGUUCUAGGAGCUGAAGAGCUGAGAAAACAAGGCUUGGUCUUCUAGGAGCUUACCUUCUACAAGAGAGGAUGGAACAAAUCAAUGAAUGUAGAGUGUGAAAAGAGCAAAUGCAGAUGGCAUGCCCCCCAGGAAAUUCUGAGGAGGAAGAGAGAACACUCAGAAUAUCAGGGUAAACUUCCUAAAAGGACAACUUAGCAAGAGUCCCUACUGCACCCAUUCUCCUGCCACCCUCCUCAGAAAGGCUUGCAUUUUAUGUGUUCCCCCUAAAGCACUUGACAUAGCUCCAAAUAUGUAGUUUUCUAGGUGCUAAAUAAAAUACUUCAUUGAACUCUU